AGAAAUUGAAAGAUAUUUAAACAAAGACUUUAUCUGUAUACAUAUACGUUUGUAUAUGUCUGGCUAGGCCGUCCAAGCAACAACAGAGAAGCAGCUUUAUUUAUAGAUAAUUGACCCCGACGUGGAAAGAGAAAUAAGUUUACACGUUUAAUGCGCAUGCAAAUGAAUAUGCUAAUAACCAAAGUUUGAUAAACGUCAGUCUGUUUUGUUCUUCACGCUUGAUUUCAAUCGAGAGUAGACAGACUUGACGAAGAUGUAAAAUGCCCCCCAGAGAGUCGUUCCCUAAGUCGUCGCGAACUCUACCUGGUCUACAUAAGAGAGUAACACCUUUCGUGCUAGUGGACCAUAAGAGAGUGUCCUAAAUCAAGAGAACCUGGCCUAAAUAUAACCAUGUUUAUAUAUUAUGAAAGACUUGGAAAUCCCCAUUAGGGUGAUCUAUUUUAGUUGCUGGUGCAAUGUUUUGGCCUUGAAUAUUAAGAGUGUAUAUUGUCUCCAAGGUUCCAUAUCUAAAUGAUAGCCAUUGAAUUGUGAUCGUAUUUCAUGAACUUUUUUUGUAAGGUUGUAGGAUAUUUUUAAAAGUGGGGUUUAUUUUCGCAACUUAAUCAUCCAAUCGCGAGAAAGUUAAUCCCGCCCCUCUAUCGUGUCAUCAGAUCGUUCGCAAGCCAGUACUUGAAAAAAUACGAUACACAGCUGAUGUGUAGUAAAAGUCGCGAGUAGUUGCGCACUCAAAUCAUUGUUUACAUCAGAGUGCACGAGCCAGUGGGGCGAGGCCUAAAGACUACCGAAGCGCCUAAAAAGUACUUCCAUGACAAGGAAAUUUACCGAUGAUGGACUCCAGAUCCUCGCAUCGCGAAAGACUGGCGUCUUCUGGAAGCGUCCUCAGCGAUGACAGCGAAAUGUUGGACGGGCUUGAUGAUGCAGUCUUCGAUGAUGUUAGUGAUCCACGUUUGCGAAAAGCUGUUGACCAAGCUGGGAGAGAGAAAAACAUAAUGCCUCUUAUUAAAGAGGAGCUGCGUCUAUCCAUUCUCUCACGAAGAAACAAAGAAGGGAAAGGGGAUGUUAUAUUCGAAGAAAAGAAACCACAAGUAAAAAGGCCUCUAACAGAACCAGAAAAAGAACGAAAACUCCGACGCCAAGAGCAAAAUCGACGAGCUGCAAGAAAAUGCAGAAAGAAAAAGAAAGACAGCGAAGUCAAUGUUAUGCAGGCCUAUCAUUCUGAAAAGGAUAGACAUGAUAGUCUCACCAUAAUGGUAGAGGAGUUACGAAAAGAAAAACAAAAGUUGGAGGAAGAUCUGCGGAACCAUCUCCCACACUGCACCAGACAUCAGAGUACCUUUGUACCCAUCCAAGAAAACACACGUUUACUACCAUUUGGCGCGUGCCUGUCACCACAUUUCGAUACCGGUAUGUCUUCUACUCCUGAACCCGAUACACCAAACCCAACGACUCCACACACACCCGGUCAAACUUUCACUUUCUCUCCCGAUCCAUUCAGUACCAAUAUGCAACAAGAUGAAAUGUACACUAUUGCUGACAAAGAAGUGUGCUGUGCACCCCCUGAAACAACAUGGGAAAACGGUGAUACAUCAGAAUAUCCUUGCACCAAUUACGAUACGAAUCUCGAUGGCUGUUUUGGGAGUGAAUUUGAAAACAUUGAUAUUACACCGUUUACCAGCAUCGAAAAUUCUAUCGACUUCUCACAGUAUCCAGUUGCCAAUCAAACGAACAACGCAGAGUUCAUUUCUCAAUCAGAGUUCACUGAAAGCCGUCAACAAACCGGGAUACCACUUCCGGUGAGCACUCCGGACAACAAUGACAUCCCUGCCGGUGACAAUAUAACAACAUUUAGUGGACUAGAAUUUGUUUUAGACCUGAUUACCAGGGAUAACCAGUACGUCAUUCAAGGAAAUAUGAAUGAAACUGUCGACGAGUUUUCCCAGCAUGGUGAAAACGUUUCCUGCACAAAUUUGCAUGAUAUAUGAAAAAAAACAUGUUAGUACAUCAGACUGCAUCUCACGCACAAAAUACUUGAGAAGGUUGAUUUUCCAUAAUUCAUAGAAAGAUGUGUUCAAUGAACGCGUGGAUAUUUUUUUGCGCCAGUAUGUUGUCUCAAGUCAGGAAACUUUUUUUUGUAUGCACAAUAUUCAAUACACAUAUUAUUUUGGGGGAAUUAGUAAAAGACAAUUUUCCCCCUUCAUUUAAUUCUUUCAGAGUAUACUGUUUUUGACUUAUUGGCCUUUCAUGGCGCUAACAUAGUGCUAGAAUAGUAUAUACUAACAGUUGUGUAAAUCUUGAAAAGGUUUGUAUUACAGACAUGACAUGUUCUCUGGUCAGAAGUUUUCACAGAAGAUCUCGAAUGUUUGUAAAUAGUUUUUUUUUUCUUUUUUGAUUUUUAAAAUUUUAUUAUACAUGACAUUGUAAUAUAUAUAUAUUGUUUUCUUGAUUUUUCUAUGUGCCAAUAAACGGGUAAAUUGGUGCAAAGAAUCAUACUAUAUAUGUUCAAGUGUGAAAUGAAAUUUCAUUAUAUUCAUUAAUAU